AUGAUUUUAUAUAAAGAAGAAAACAAAUAUACACAUGAAGAGCGCGAUCAGCAGCAGUGAUUCGUGUUGUAAGCGGAAGAAAUUCGAUGAUUGCAGCGAUAACAUUGUGAGUUAUGCUGUGGAGAUGGAUGAAAAAACUAUGAGAGAAGGAUCAGAAAAUGUGGUGGGCAGCAGCCGUUUCACGGGUGCGAAAGACACACCACAAGGAGAUGAUGGUGCAGAAGAAGUAAACGAGAACGUAAUGGGAAGUUGCAAGGCACAAAACGAGGUAUGGCGCGCUGGUUGUAAUGGCAGCAUCCCCGUAAAAAAUAACUGCAAAAUUAAUUUUAGUAAGAGCUCCGUUAUAUCAGGGAAGUGCAAUGAAAAGUGCUGCCAAACCAUCCUGAUGGAGAAGCCUUUUCGCAAUCACUGGACAGCGCACAAGCUAAGAUCCUCCACGAUCGUGAAGCCUCAAAAAAGUUUUACUUUAAAACGAGCGUUUACCGUUCCCACACAAAAAAUAGAUGUUUCUGAAAACAGCAAUUUCAUCGAUUUCUGGCAAAGCAUAGACAACGGUGUCAGAUACACCCUUCCCAUCGUGAGCCAUGGAAAGAGUGACAGUAUUCCACGAAUAUCGUGCUCGGUUCUGCACGAGACGAUCACAAGCAAAUAUCGUGUAACAUACAGAAUUAUAGACUGCAGAUUCGACUAUGAGUAUAACGGAGGGCACAUAAAAGAUGCUGUAAACAUAGACAACAUUGAUUCACUUGUGCGGAGCAUACCCUCUCUGAAGAACCACAUCUUGAUUUUCCACUGCGAAUUUUCUUCCGUGCGAGCACCUAGGAUAGCAAAGUAUCUGCGGAACUACGACAGAUUCAAUAACGAGUAUCCUUCCCUGGAUUUUCCGGAGAUUUAUGUCCUUGAAGGCGGAUACAAGGAAUUCUACGGUCUGUACAAGGAGUGCUGCUACCCACAGAACUACAUAAUGAUGAGUAAGCAUAAGUAAAUAUGGUGCAUACGAAAAGUACAAAUUUUACCUCAAA